AUGGUAUGGGUCGAAUCAUGUCCCGAGAAUCUGAUAGCCCUCCCAUUUAAGGAGCCAAUUGUCAAGCUCAUUCACAUAGCCCAUACCUCAUUACUAGUCGUUUUGACAACUAGUUCUGUUUAUCUCAUAAAUCAGCAUACCUUGUUACCCAUAGCAUCACAUUCCAGAUCCGCCGAAUCCAUUCAGCUGCAUGGAAAGAACAUCAAUGUGAAGACUAAGCAUGUUUCAGUGAACACUGCCCAAUUACAAAAGAUUUCAACCGUCAAUUUGUUUGUACAAUCUGAUAAGGACUAUCUUGUGAUAUACCAAAUACUCAUCAAUUACUCAACAUCCUUAUACGAAAUUAAUAGUAUUAAGAGUGAUCUGACUUUACAAAGUGGAUUGCCGUUGAGUUAUACCUCCAAAAAGUUCAGUUUGGCGAGCUUCAUCAAAUCGGCUACGAAAACAAUCAUUCAUGGAGGAGACAAGGCAUCAAUAAAUUUAGAGAACAUUGAGCAUUUGAAUAACAGUGGGCUUGAGGAUGAAUUAGGUGGCUAUAUAGUGGAAUCUGCUAAGAUCUCUGUUUUCAAAAUGUUGAAGAUCAAGAUCGGUCUCGACAGAUACUGGUUGAAACAGAAUAGCCACAACUUGAUUAUAUACAAUGGACACGACCGCAAGCCAGAAUCAGAAGAGGAGGAAGAGUUUGAGAAUAGCCAUUUCCAAAUUAUCAAUAUUCAAACCUUCAAAAAUUCGGUUCUCUCAUUAGACGAGACCGAGUGGUAUCAUAAUAAAUCCAAAUUGGUCUACAUUAACUACAAUCUUUUUAAGAACUAUUUUAUUUUCGUUAAUGAAGAUAAGGAGCUUUGGUUAUUACAUUUUGAAGUAUCUGAAGACUCAGAAAUUAUCCCACUAGGCACGAAGUUGCAAUCUGAUAUUCUAACAACCAAGGUUAAAUUUUACUUCAAUCCCCAAUCUGAUCUUAUUUUAAUUUCUGCAAAUGAUGAGCUAUCUAUCUAUAAGAUAGACACAACUAAGUCGUUGUUGGAUAAUUAUGGUAAGAUUAAAGAUGUGAAUGUCGACUCGACGGUAGUAACAUGGUCUUCGUGUGGUGAAUUCUUCACAGUUCUCGAUAAGAAGACAGGUUAUUGGUCUUUGCAUUCGAAGUUUGGGAACUCUUCAUUUGACUCGUAUGAAUUAUUGAAUGAGCUUGAGGAAAGAAAUGACGAAAAUCGUCAAUUUUUAAGGAGUUCGAACAUAAUCAUCAGUCCUAAUUCUUCCUCUUUAUAUCUCAUCAACCACAACAACAGCAAGUUGUAUAGAGUCAAUCUUUUGACGAGAUCAUAUGAUUCGAAAAUCUUGUUCCGUGACUCUAACUAUAUUAGUGUUAUUUACAAAAACAAGUCGUUUGUGAGAUUCCCAAUAUUGCACAAGUUCAAAAAUAUAAAUAAUAGGAUAGAAGGGUUUAAUGGAUCAAGUACCAAGUCUGCCAAGAGUAUCAGUGGAAAAUUAACCAUUUCAAGAAAUAAGUUUAAUCAAUUUUCCAUCACCUAUGGAAAUGAGAUUGCAAUUUCAACCCCUCUCAACUCAGAGUUUUCAAACUCUAUCACAGGCGAAGUCAAUCAUCUCUUAUGGUUUAAUUUCAAAAAUUAUUACAGUGAUUCCUUAAAUAUUGUGAACCACUUCUGGUUUAAUGAUUACUUAAUAUUGAUAAAUCGGAAGUUUGAUGAUGAGUACAUAGCCAAAGAAGGGGAUGAAAUGAAUGAUAAUGAAAUGGGACAUUUGGUUGAUGAGAUUAUAGUCUUGAAUACUCCCAUGUCAAAGUACGGUAACGGAGGUGAGAAUUUCGUCUUUGAUAGUGACUUAAUUCUCUGGAAGUAUGAUUUCAAAACUCCGUUCAUUAGUGUUGACCCCACAGAAAUUUCCCACAACCUAACGAACUUGCUUAUUUUGACCAAGGAUCUCAGAUUGGUAAUCAUAGAGUUGAACGACCAAAAAUUGAUUCUUGAUGAAUCCGGCGAUGCAUCUGAUCAGAAAAACUAUAACAUAUUUAUUGGUGUCAACAAAACUAUUCACUUGUCGACCAUCAGUUCCAAGCUCAAUCUCAGGAAUAUCACCAAGUCCACGAUAAUUGAAAGAAAGCACUUCUUAUUUUUGCUCAACACUGGUGAAUUAUAUCUCUUGAAAAAUCAAUCUGCCAGAGAUUCGUUUGCCAAUCCGGUGAAUGCAAUCAAGCCUAGUAAUAUGUACGAUUUGAUUUUGAUCAACCAGUCAGUGGAGUCUUUCAAAACGCAAUCAAUUACUUUCAAUGACCAGGAAAUUGAAUACUUGCAUGUUGUUAACGCACAUAACCUUUUGAUUUAUGAGUUGAGAGAUCUCGUGCUCAAUGCUUUUGAUAAGUCUGCAACAGUUUACGAUGGUAUCGAAUCUCCCGGUGGACUUUCAGGAGAGCUUCACCCGGUUUCUGUUGAUAUAGACAAUUAUCAACCAGUUGAACUAAACACAAGUGAUGGGCUGGAAUCUUCACUCCAAUUAGUGGUUGUUGAAAACCAAGUUCUUGACAAAAGUACCACUGGAGGGUUAAUAAUAAAGCCUAAAUUGUCGCAUAAACUCGUGCUCAACAACUUCAUUGAGAAUGAACUUAUUCAUAGACCUUUGAAUUCAAAAGAGAUAUCUUCCAAGUAUUCGAAAUACAAUGGCUACAACUAUUGCCUUGAAUUGUUAUUGUUCAAGUACCUCACCGAAACCUUUGAUUCGGAUACUGUUUUGAAAUCUUUGAUAAGUUUAAUUGAAUUGAACGAAGAUGCUGAACGUAUCUUCAUUAAUUGUCUAAGAAAGAUUGAAGUUGGAUUCUGGGAACCAUUUUUUGAUGUGUUGAAUACUUCCCCGGUUGAUUUCAUGAAUCGGUUGAUAGAAAAAGGAAAUGUGGAGUUGUGUUAUAAUUUCUUGAUUGUUUACUUGAAUGUCAAGAAGGAAGAAACUCCAAAGGAUCCUGGAUACCUUUUGGACUCCAAGGACAAACAGAUUAUUCUCAAGAUUGUGGUUAUGCUCGAUAAGGCCAAGAAAUGGGACUGGUGCUUCGAAUUAUGUCGUUUUAUCAAGCUUCUCGAGCCCUCGGGCGUGUUAUUGAAGGAAAUAAGAUCUUCACUUUCUGGCUGA